AUGACUUCCCCCGGGAUUUCCAACAAGUUCAACAUAUUGAAGCACGCAGCGAGAGACGCCUCCAGGGCAAAUCACUAUCCAAAGGCCGAGUUCGAUCUCAGCGAUAUUGUGUACAGGAUUUUCAAGAGGGCGGAAUAUACCGAGAUCAAGGUCGACCACAAAGACGACAACAGCCAGCAGGCUACCUACACCCUGUUUACCGCCAACGACAACGCUAUCUGCGUCGCCAGCGCAAGUAUCACCUGGCCUAACGGGGAUCAGUACGGUUGGGGCAGCGAUUACAAGCCGGAUUGUCUCUGGAUUGAUGCCAAUGGCGACCAGCCCCAGACAGGCUUCCAGGUUCACUGGCCCGAGUUUGUCCAGAGAGAUGACGGCAGGCCUGGCGAGAAGAUGGGUUGGAUGUGGGAUACUUCUCCGAGGGCGGUCACAUACUGGGUUUUGAGUAAUGGGAAAAAGGUGAAGAGGGGGGCUACGGGACGGUCAAGUAUUCAUCAACGGAGACAGCAGAUGGUGAGGGAGAGGCAAGGGAACGGGACUGACGCGGCUGGUCACGGAACAACCCACACUUUGGCGCAGAAGCUGGGUGAGAUGCUGGUGUUGGAUCACGGGAACAACGGACAACACUCGGCUGCGAAGCUCUGCUUGAGCCCUACUUCUAUGGGACCCGACUUCGCCAAUGAUGCGGAGGGACUCUUUUGCCGGAUGUCAGACAAGACCUUGUGGGUUUUCUGUGAUGGCGUUCAUAUUACGGAUAAUUGCUUCAACCCGGACUUGCAGCAGGUCGUUGUUGGCGGUAAGGUGACCAGAGAUAGGAAGUACGGGAAGGUUAUGUCUUGGAGUGUAGGGAGUAAUGGCGGUGAUGGAGGGAGGUCUGGGUAUUACUAA